AUGAGUUCCAGAUUACGUAGAAUAAUGGCUCGUGGACAGAAGGAAGCAGAUCAACAAAUUGUUCAAGAAGCAGCAUACCUGGAAGAUCUAAGUUUGCCUAAAACAUCCCCAGAAAAUCACAGUCUGACUGCUCCAUCUCUGAGAAAUUUAAGUCCGUCUCCAGCAUUCCCGAAAAAUCUUAGCCCACCUGCAACAUCCACAGACAAUUUAAGUCCAACUGCAGCAUCACCGGAAUAUCUAAAUCCGCCAGCAGUAUCUCCGGAAAAUCCACAUCCCUCUACUUUUGAACUACAAGGAAUAUUUCAACAUCUAUCAUCCACAGAAUCCGACCCGUUUGACAAUUCUGAAGAGUCCUAUAGGCCUUCAGAUGAUCAUUUUGUGAUAAAAAAUGUUAUUUAUGAUAAUAACAGUUCUGACAAUACCUCUAGUGACAACAGUUUGGCAAGCGAUGCAGGCGUACAAGAAACAAACAGCAGCAGAGAGACAGGAUGCGGGAUCUUAAAUGAGAAUGUAAUCUCGGGAAUAGCUAGCGAUAAGGUUGUCGAGUCGUUAAAUAGGAUAAAGAAUGGUAAGGGAGUAGGAGCUAAUGAAAUAUCUGUAAAGGUUUGGAAGGCUCUAGGAAAUGAAGGAGCUAAUAUUUUGUUGCAAAUGGUAUGA